UCUCCAAAUUGUCUCGCGGCUCUGUUCAAAAAAAGAGUCUUCCCAACUCCAACGUUUAAUGCAGAGCAUCCAAGAAACGAACAAGGGAAGAUUAUAAGUGGAAUCUAGAUUUUAUUUUCAAGAUGGCAGAAGGUGGCAACGUGGAAUGGGAGCUUAGCAAAGAAAACAUCCAGCCACUGAGGAGAGGCAGAGCCAUAUCAGCCUUACAGCAGGCACUCAGUCAGCAGCAAGAUGGAGCAAUCUCUGCGAUCAACCAACAGAAACAGGCCUUUGAGUGUGAGCUGCGCAUGUAUGACGGAGAUGAUCCACUUGAUGUUUGGGAUCGGUAUAUUAAGUGGACAGAGCAAACCUUCCCCCAGGGAGGAAAAGAAAGCAACCUUACCACACUGCUGGAGCGGGUUGUGACCAGAUUCACAGAGGAAAAAAAAUAUCACAAUGACCCUCGCUAUGUUGAACUUUGGAUCAAAUUUGCAGAGAACUGCCCUGAACCCCUGGACAUUUACAGGUACAUGCAAGCUCAAGGAAUAGGACUGACACAGACAUCCCUCUACAUUGCUUGGUCUGAGGAGUAUGAGAAUCAGGGUAACUUCCUUAAAGCAGACCUCGUUUAUCAAGAGGGGUUCAAGAAGUGUGCUGAGCCUCAUGACAAGCUCCUCCACUUUCACAAGGCUCUGCAGGCACGUGUGUCACGGCAGGUGAUGAUGAAUGUGGAGGACGAUGGUAGCGACGAUGAGCCUAAACAAGCUGAAAGAGUUUCUCUAGCUGAUCUCAGACACAAAGGCAAGAAAAAGGCCAUUGCUCCUGUCAAUAGAACUGGGUCAGCAAUCAGAAGUAUUUCAGGAGGCUUGAAGUCACAUGGGGGCACUGUCCUUGGCAACGUCUUAAACAGUCAGCUUGUGAUCUUCGAUGAGAAUAAAACUGAAAGUGCUGGUCCCUCAGAGCCUAAGUUGGAAUCUUGGGCAGCUCCUCCAACAUCAAGGGCAAAGGAAAAUGAACAGAAACCUGAAAAAUGGUGCAAUGUGAAGUUGCCACAGAAAACAAAGUUUGGACAUACUGUAAUGGCUCCACCGCCUCCCAAACCCACCUUCCAACCAUUUGUUGAAGAGUCAGACCAGCUUCCUACAAUGACACCAUGUAAGAUCAACCCAGCAGUGAACACGAUUCUGUCGGCACGUAAGCCAAGCAGAGAGGAAACUCCUCUGAAAAGACUGCAGGACCAUCAGCAACAGAAAGAGGCAGAAGAAGGAAAACUACAGGAGCAGAGCAUGUACUGUAAAGAGCUGCUUUUCAAUGGCGCCACAGAAUUCUGCUUUGAAGAGCUGCGCGCUGAAAGCUACUUCAAAAAGAUGGCGCAAGAUUCGCAGGAAGCCAGAGAGGUGGAUCAAGUUACUGUCAAUGUUGCAAACUGAUGAGGUUAUCUUUUCUUUUAUUAAUUUUUAGCAUUGGUUUGACAAGUUUUAAUGUGCAUUGUGUAUUUUUAUGUGCUUGUGUAUUAAGCGGCAUCAUGUUGUCAGUAUUGAUGUAUUGUAAAUAUUGUUUUCAUAGAGUUCCAUUGACUCAGUAGACAUAAAGCGUAAAGCUUUCUCAAAAUUUUAGAACUGAAGACACAUUGUUGUAGAUGUGAAGGGAUCAUUACAAGUAGGAACACCACUACAGUGUUGGAAUUCAGAAAAGAAUACCACACUGUAAACUCAGCAUAGCAUGACAUAUACACCCACCCAACUUCACACACAUGUACUUGACUGAACACUCAAGUUUCCUGCUGUUUCCAUGUUUCAGUCGCUGAACCACUACUCACUUCAUUCUUUGCCUUUUAUGUUUGUCUCCAGUCGUUCUUAAGAAGAUUGCUUUGCAUGUGUGUUGCUUUUUUGAAGUUGCAUUCAGUCAAAUACUGUCAAAUUUUGGAUUCAGUGAAGUGAUUCAGCUUGUUUUAUGUCUCAGUUUGAGUAAAAGCCCAUUGUAGGCUAUGCGUCACUGAUGUCUAAUAAACUUGUUUAAACGUC